ACCGUCAUCUUUUACAUUUAAAUGAGUCAGCUAUUGGACCCUUCCUGCAUUAUGUUGUAUUUUCAGCUUAACUUGAGAUAUAAGAUCAAUUAAUAUAUCCAAUGCACCUUCCGCUCUUUGUAACAAACGGUAGCGGCUGUACUUAUCCGUUUAAUGUGCCUCUGUACAAAGCACCCUAGCCCGUGUUUGUUGAUUUAAACCUUCUUCAAGAAUACCUUCGUAAAGUCUGUGCUGAGCUACAAGGCUAAUUGGUAAUUAAAAACUCGAAGAUAAUUAUAGACCCACGAAAGGACACAUCAUGACGCAUUGUGUAUGAGCCAUUGGCAUCGAUGACGAAAUUUGAACUGGAAUAGGGAUUGGAAUAUCCAAAUUGGAAUUUUAUUACAGGUGCCCCUGAAUCGAAAAUGAACAUCAGUGUAUUCACGUGAAAAACAAAAUCACUGCUUAAACUUUGUAAAUAUUAAUAUACUUCAACGCACUAAACUGUGCUUCGUGGAAGAUCUAAAGUAAGCUUCUUGCCAGAGGCCAGGACAUCGAAAGGGAUGAUCUCAAAGUCAUUCUUGCCGUAUGGAUGUCGUCUUGUCUCUGCAUGGCUCGUCACGGUAGCCAGUAUCUCGAUGAGUAUUACCUAUCUCAACUCAAUACCAAGUUAUCAACUCAAGUCUGGACACAGAAAGUUUGUUGAGAAAGCUGAGAAAAUAGCGGUUUACAGUAGAAAGGAAUAUGUUCCUUGUCCAGCUCAGGGGGAGUGCGAUACCAGUCGAUUCCCUGCUAGUGGUGAAUUUCAGAAUGGAGAAUUUGAUAUAGAAAAAGGGAUACCUUCUAUGAAAGAGUUGUAUGAGAGAUUUAAAGUUGUGACGGCCGUAUCUCAGAACCAUUUUGAAGAGGUUAAACCAUGGAUUGCUAGUAUUCAAAGGUUCAUGCCAGGUCAAGAAAUCAUCCUCUAUAACUUGGGACUUAAUACGACAUCUCUGGAGACGGUCAAAAAUCUUUGUGAUGUUCAGGUGCGAACAUUUCCUUUCAGGUCGUAUCCUAAACAUGUCAGGAAUCUACAUACGUACGCAUGGAAACCAAUUAUCAUUGACAUAACUCUUCGAGAGUUUGGCGCCAUUUUCUGGGGAGAUUCAUCCAUCCGGCUCAAAGGCUCCUUGCGGAAACUUCUACCAAUCUCACUGAAUCACCAUGGAUACAUGACUCACUUUCACGCGUUUGAUCCCAAGAAAACAGAAGAGAUUAAACAUCAGUACUUCUACACCCAUCCCCAACUCUACGAUAACCUUGGGGUUAAUAGAACCGAGUACUAUAAUUCAGAUGGCAUGGCGCCACACGCUGCGGCAAAUCGUCAACUCUACGUUAACAGUUCAUACAUCCAACAAGCUAUCGUCCAACCGAUGCUGAAAUGUGCUUUAGAAUAUCACUGUAUCUCGCCGGUUGGUGCCCGGUUGCCCAAGCACCGGUUUGAUGCAUCCAUUCUGGCUAUUUUAAUCUACAAGAAUCUCAAAGGAGAGUGGAAAAAAACAAAUAAUGACAAUCGUUACUUUGACGAGGUGGUGUAUCUUCGAAAGAAUAAUUUGGGAAAAGAGAAAGUUCAAACGUGCUUGUGGUAAGGCCUAAAAAAUUCUUAUCCUGCCCCUUAAAGGGAUACUCCACGCUGAAAAUAACACGGUUUGAACAAAUAGAGAAAAACAGACAAUCAACAUGAUCAAAAUACUGAAAAUUUGAUCAAAAUCGGACAAAGAAUAACAAAGUUAUGGCAUAUUAAAUAUUUGCAUGAUUCCAGUGAAACAGUUCAUGAAUAUUCAACGAGUAUUACUGAUGAUCCCCACUCGUUCUUUUGCAUUUUAUUGUAUGAAAUUAUGUUUAAUUAUAUUUUUUCAUCAAACUAAAAAAAUGGAUUGACAACUGAUCAUGAUUUAGUGCAUUGGAUAUAUUUUUGCUGCAACUUAUUUCAUUUUAAGGGAGACAUAUCAUUCACACAUAUACGAAAAAAAUGAAACAAUUAUGAUUUCAUGUUAACAUAGGAUAAGGGAAAGUGAGGAUGUGACAUCAUCAGCCCAAUAAUUCAUGACAAGCCUAUAACUGUUUUCACAAUGAUUUAGCUAAAGUUUUUAAUAAUUUCACCAUUUGCUAUCAGAUUUUGAUGAAAUUUUCAGCAUUUUACUGUGUGAAUUUUACUAUAUUUAUUUAGAUAUAACAUAUUUUUAGCCCGGAGUACAAAUUUAACCCCCAAAUCAGAAAGUUGGGUCGGUCGGUCGAUUAUUAUCAUUUUAAAUAUAAUCUUCGCUGCACAAAGAAAAUCACGCAUGGGAUGAUUUCUUUUGUCAGUUAAAACGCAUAUUUCAUUGCUUUUUUUAGCCAUUGAAUACAAACUUAUAUAAACUAUUUGCACAAUCUAAUAUUUUCUCACAAAAUCUUUUCAUUUGUAUAUUUUGGGUCUGCUUAAAAGAAAAAACAGCGACCCUGCUUUUUCGAAUUUUACGGUCCGUUGGAUGAGGGCAACAUAAAUUUUAUUUUAGGUUAGGUAAAAACAUUUAUUUUUGUACUUCUAUUUUUAUGUCUGUAAACUAAUUCAGCUUAUAAUGACAUAAUGAAUAGUUCAGUCCCAAUUAUGUGCACAAUCAUGCUAAUACUAAUACUGAGUAUGCACAACAGUAUGUUUAGCUAUAUAAGUUAUAAAUUAAAAGUUUGUUUAAACAUCCUCUUAAAUGAAAUGACAGUGGAAGCUGUGCUCAUCCAAAUCGAGCUUAUUCCAUUCAAAUAUUGGAAAUACGAUUGGGCUACAUUUAUAUCAAUCUCUCUUUUUCGGGAAGGGGUGAACUAAAUGCCUUGGCGUUGUCAUGGAAAGUCCAGAGCAAGAAAACAUGGAUAAACAUAGCUUUUUGUCAGAAAAUCUUAAAUCAUCCACACACCAUAGUUAUGGUACGAUGGUGUAGUGCUUAAUAAAUGCUUAAUGGAACAGAUAACGCUUUAACGUGAUUUGUUUUUUUGUUAUUAUUCACAAACAUGAAUACGUGCAGUAAAAAGUAGCAAGCUAGGCCUACAUACAUCAUGAUACUUAUUUAUAUUGGGGGACGCUAGGUUUUAAAUUCCUGAGGAGUGUGGUAUGUUGCUUAUUUUUUUUCCCUUUCUUUCUUGGUCGAGAAACUUUUGAGGCCAUGCCCCCAAUAUACGCCAAAAUGUGCUUAUAUAACUAUAUCAAUUAUAAAUAUUCAGCUUGAUGGGGGUAUUCCGGGCUGAGAAUAAUCAUAUCUAACAAAUAAGUAAUAUUCCCCCAGCAAAAUACUUAAACUUUAAUCAAUAUAUAACAAAUAACGAAGUUAUUGAAUUUUGAACUUUAGUAAUAUUUGUGAAAAAGUUAUUUGCACAUCGUCAUGAAUCAUGGACUUAUGAUUUCACUUCCCCACUUUCCUUUUUCUUAUGUUAUUACAUGAAAUAAUAAUUAUCAAUUUUUUCACACGUGUUAUAAUUAUGUCUCCCUUAUGAUAAAAUGAUUUGCAGCAAUGAAUAUCCAAUACAUAAACCAGUUGUUAAUGCAAGUUUUUUUAGUUCUUGAGUAAAAAAAAAACUUUUGAAUAAACAUAAUUUAAUGUAAUAAAAUACAAAAGAACAAGUGCAUAUGGGCAUAUGACGUCAACAGUUUGCUCAUUGAAUAUUCACGAGAAGAUGCAUAGAACUAAUUCACCAUAAUAAUGCAAAUCUUAAAAAUAUAACUUUGUUAUUCCUUGUCCGACAUUUAUAACAUUUUCAACGUUUUAUUUGUCUGAUUUUUCUUUCUCUGUUCAAAUUAUAUUAUUUUCAGCCUGGAAUAUCCCUUUAAAAACGAUUAAGGUCGGUAUGACAAAAUAGUUUGUGCAUGUGCAACUGUUUUGACUUCAAAACGCUUUAUACUGAUUCCAAUACGAUGACUGCAUCAACGGCUCAAACCCGCCCUCGCACUCCUCGAAAUUAUAACCAAACUUUAAAUGUUUUUUUUUUCACAGAUUAUGCACUAAUCGUUGAAAUCAGUUGGAUUUUUGUACAUUUGAUAUUUUUGUAAAGUGCAAAGUGGUCAAUUGUCAUGUAUGCAAGCAUUCAGUUGUUUGGGUUUCUUUUUUUGGGGGGGUGUAUCACUGAAAUUAAAUUUUUUAUUCAUUUGUACCCUCUUUUAAAAACUUACAAUUUUCAUUGAGAAUUAUAAAAAAGUUUCACGAAAGUAGGCCUAUUAUUAUUAUUAUUCAUUUGGCCAUUAAAAACAUGCAAAAAUUGUAUAAUGUAAUUACAAAAAUACAAUCUGAAAUUGGAUAAUUUUUUAAUAUGUGAUCAAGCGUAUGAUAUGUUUUGUUAGGUAAAACCUAAAAGAUUUCAUUUGUUUACGGUCUUACAUGAUCAUGGGCAUAUUGGAAGAUGCAAUAUUUUGUUUAAACUGUGUCAUAUAAGUGUACUUGCAGAAUGAAAUAAACUUCAAAGAUUUUUUUUUUCUGAGAUGUGCCUGGAAUUAAAUAA